CAUAUCAUUGAUACUACCAUAUAUCCAAGAUGUUGCUGAUAUCCGUUAUAUUUGCCAACGCGGUGAUCACCCUGUACGCACUGCCUGCUAAGGAAAGCAGUCAAACCGGUGACGAGUUAUCUUCCCGCAUUUUGUAUGGAGAAUAUGCCGAUAUAACGGAGUACCCAUAUUUCGCAUAUAUUACAGUCUGCGGUGCCGCCAUCCUCUCGGACAGGUGGCUGGUCACGGCGGCUCACUGCAUCAACCCAAUGAAAAAAGCUGGAGUGAGCCGAGCGUGGGUGGGAGGAAAUACUACCGAAACCAGCCAAUUUUACGCACUCGACUAUGCAGUUGUCCAUCCAGAAUAUAUAAGUAACGAAAACAUGACUAUCAAUGACAUCGCACUCCUGCAUCUGUCGCAACCGCUGACAUUCAGUGAUACUGUGCAACCUUUAGAUCUACCAGAAAGGGAAUAUGAGCUAAAUGCUGUCCACCAAUUUGCGGGGCAUGGACGAGAUGAGAAUAACCUGACAACUAAAUACCUGAUGAGUAUGAAGGUUCGCACUUUAGGUGUAAAUGAGUGCAUGUCUAACUUGCCUCCGCAUCAACACAAAUUCUACCCAGAUGAAGUUAACAGAGUUGUUAUUUGCGUUAAACGGAUAGAACAUCAGCCAGGAGCAUGCUUUGGUGAUUCUGGCAGUCCGCUCGUCCGGGGUAAUACUCUUGUUGGUAUCGCGUCAUAUAUCCCGAGCACCUGCCCAGAGUCCAAAGUAAACAUGUUCGCCAACGUUGCUCCCUUUGUGGGCUGGAUCAAGGUCAUCACCGGCGUUGGAGACUCCGAAUAUGGAAAUGAUUUCCAAUUAGAAUGGGAUUUUUGGUCCUGGAUUAAGUCAAUAAUAUAUACAAUCAUAGGAAUGUAAUACUGUCUUACAUUUUUUAUGUAGUUACCUAAUAAAGCGACACAAGAACAUACACAACAAUUUAGUAUUGAAAUGACAGCUCCUUGAUUUCUAACCAAAGGGCAAUACCAAAACAACUCCUCGAUUGUACAUAAUAGAUAAUAAUUAUUAUGUAAUUAUAGGCGAGCAGCUAUUUACUAUUUAGCUGAUGAGCCUAUGUCACACAGUUUCCAUUAUUAUACAGUUCAAAGUUUUUAAAGCCGUAUUACAUCACUAAGUAACAUCAGAUUAACUUAUUGUUUAAAAGCCACUUAUCCAAUCCUUAAAAGAUCGAUGAUAAUGGAAUAGAUGUAGAUAUAUAUUUUUAAAAAUAAUAGUUUCACCUCUAAGCCGAUAAUCUCCCUUGUGUUUUAGUGAGACUGAAAAUUAGUUGUAUAGGUAUAGGCAAUUUUAUUGACUGAGCGUUAGCGGAGACCCGUUUCAGCUUGGGCCGAAAAGCUUUCGUAUGGUAUGUCCGGAUGUUCUCCUGUACAGGUUGCAAUUCUAAACCGAGUCUCGUGAAAUUUUGUGAGCAGGUUCGAUGAUUAAAUAGUAUUUUCUAACCAUUCA